GAUCAUUCAACAACAAAUGUACAAAGUGCUUCGAUGGGCGGGACAAUCAGUGAAGCGAAAUUCGAGCAAAAUGUGGAAUUCUCUCUUUUCCCAUGGUGGAUCUUCUAGCGCGGGUCAAAUUAAACAAGCUCCGGAACUGCCACACCCCUCCGGUGGAGAAGGCACCCUUGACCCGGCCAAAGUAGAUGAAAACACGGAACUUGUCGUUCUCGACAAGAACAACAAGCCCUUAAAGGUUAUCUCGCUGGCCUCGGCGAAAGCCAAGUAUGGCGACUCGUUCCAAUUGUAUCAGGACUCCAAUGGAAACGUGUUCAUGAACCGACCAACGUUUGAAAAUCAUGUCAAAUCCUUCGGCCAAGGGAAAUGUUCCAGCGUUUUGGAGCUACAGGGUUGUGCAAAAGUUUUGGACAAAACAAUUGAAAUUGAAGAUUUGACUGGAGAGUUGUGUCCAGAGUCGGUCGAUGGAAAAAUCCUUAUUCAUGGAGCCAGCGGUAGUCCAGACCCGAACAGAGGAGUCUACAAGAUCCAAUUGACCAAGGAUGAAGAUGGUAACCGGCACUUCCGCGCGGUUACGGAGGACGGAACGGUACUCGACUUUCCGCAAGCGGAGGGGGAGCAGAACACGUGCUUGUACCAGUCUCUCGAAGCCUUGAGAAGUCGAGAGGUCGGCGGUUCUGGGGCAGAUCCACACAAAUUAGUGAAACAAGUCCAGGAAAGGGCGUUGAACAGUACCACGUUAAAAGUGACGUAUGACAACUGCUACGAGUUAUAUUUGGACCUGGAAUUUGGGAAAACAGGAGUACCCCGGGAUCCCUUCAUUGAAGGUGCAGAUUACAUGAAUCGACACACCAUUCCGAGGGAAAAGUUUGAAGAAAUUAUGGCAUUAAAGGACCCCGCAAAAAUUAGGGAUGCCGUUGAAGCCUAUAUGCAUGAAAAUAUGAAUGUGGUAGAUGACAUUGUUCGGGAUAGACCGAGACCUGCCACGCAAAGACUUACCAUGCGGAGGAAACAUACAAUUUUGAUUACUUCGGAGGAGGAUCAUUUACAAGCGGUGCAGCCAAUUACGGCGACCCCUUUUGGGGAUAGAGCCCAGCUGUCGACUAUAAGUAGACAGGCGUUCCCCAGAAUUGAGGUGGAUCGUGGGGAACUCGUUACCCGUCCUGACGGGACCCUGUACAGACCAAUAAUCGGCAUCAAAUACUUUGCCCCCUGUCCAGUCUCCGUCGAGGUUGUGUAUGACAAAGGGGAACGGAUUUAUUACCCUUAUCAUUUCAACGAGAUGAAGGAAAAUGAUCCAGACUCGACAUAAAUCGUGCUACGAAACGAGUAUGCACAAGACAGAGAUAUUUUUUGAAUAAAUAGUAUUUUAUUUUGAGAUGAUAAUGAUGUACCUAUUUCAAUUGUGUAUUCGACUAUAAUUUAUUUUGACAAUAAACAAAUAAA